GCUGCUCCCAUGGUACUUUUGGUCCAGGGGCUCCCAGGGGCCGCCCCGUCCGCGUGAACUACACAUAUUGUUAUCCAAUUGUUGGAGAUCUUAGAUAUGUUGCCUUUUUUGACUCAAGUGGGUUUAGGCCAAGUGCGAAUCUUGGCCUAACGCUGUGACUGCACCGCCUUCUCUUCUACAGCUUACCUCUUGCGAAGAUGGCCUCGCCGACGAGGUGUGGAACUCAGUGGAUCCAAAGAGGCAGCCCCAACGCCACUUGCAACGAUUGCGGCUUCUUCGGCCAGACCGGAAUGCUCAGUGGUAGCAGUCAGGGCGCCUCUAUGACAACGUCAACCAUGGAUACAUACGGAUCUCUCGCAGCUUACCUCAACGUGGCCUCUCACGCAUCAUGCCAAGGUUCAGAUCGCAGCUACGCGUCGUUGCCGAGCAUACGCUCAGUGCCCACCAUGCAGGAGGCCACCAUGGAGUCGGUCCCCACCAUGCAGUCUAUGCCGCCCUGCCAGGAGAGCGACGGCGAGCCAUGGGAGACUGACGACGAGUUCGACCACCCGCGCGGGCUCGGGCGAGCGGAAACCGGAGGCGGCUGCGCACCCGAGAACCCACCCGAGAACGGGCAGGACUCCGUCUGGGCGGGCGGCGUCGGCGCCCAGCCGGCUGCUCGCGAGCGGCCGCCGUCUCGGCCCGGAGCCGUCCAGCUCCGCGGCGUCGCCGGGGCAGCGCCGCCCCGCUCGCCGAGCCAUCCGCCCGGCGUGCCGCCGCGCCCCGCCGCGGGGGCGGCGCUCGCUGGGCGGCCCCCGGGCGACUGGGCCGGGCAGGCGCAGCCCGCCCGCGCUCGGCCGGGCGUGGCCGCGCCCGGCUGGGGCCGCGCGGCCCGGGCGGGGCGGCCGGCAGGCGCAGGGCGGGCUGAGGCCGCCCGCGGCGCGCUCGCGGCCGCCAGCAGGGCGGUGGAGAGGCAGCGGGCCAGGCUCUCGGAGCAGGAAGAGCUGCUGGCAGAGCUCCAGCGGCAGGCUCAGGAGAUCAAGCAGAGCAUUCUCCAGCAGGAGGCCGACCUGGUGGAGCUGGAGCUUCAGCAGGGUGAGCUCGUGGGCAACGUGCUGGUGCCGAUCGACAGGGCAGCGCCCGCCGCCCCUAGCGCUCCAGACAUCACUACGCUCAUGGUCCGCAACAUUCCGAUGGCUGUGACGCAGAGGAAUUUGCUUGACCUCAUCGAUAGGUCUGGCUUCGCGAACCUCUAUGACUUCGCCUAUUUACCAACCGACUUCGACGCCGGGACCACGAAAGGGCACGCGUUUGUCAAUUUCGUCAACCCCAGUGACGCCUGGGAGUUCUCAGAAAUGUGGAACGGGGCGCGGCUGACUGGGGCUGGACCCGUCGCGGCCGUUCUCGAGGUCGGAGCGUCACAGCUGCAGGGCUAUAAGGAGAACGCCAGGAGGUGGAGCGCGGGCCGGCUGCGCCGCACGAAGAACCAUGAGCUCCACCCGUUCAUCGCCCCGAGGCUGGCUGUCGGGUGA